AUGGUAAGGACCAGAAGGGACUUCCUUUCUGCCUUCACUGGAGCUCUUCUGGGCAUCUUUCAGAUCUGGACGGACCAGCAGGCUGAGGCCCGGUCCUACCUCAGCGAGGAGAUGAUCGCUGAGUUCAAAGCCGCCUUCGACAUGUUCGACGCGGAUGGCGGCGGGGACAUCAGCGUCAAGGAGCUGGGCACCGUGAUGAGGAUGCUGGGCCAGACACCCACCAAAGAGGAGCUGGACGCCAUCAUCGAGGAGGUGGAUGAGGAUGGCAGCGGCACCAUCGACUUCGAGGAGUUCUUGGUCAUGAUGGUGCGCCAGAUGAAAGAGGACGCCAAGGGCAAGAGCGAGGAGGAGUUGGCUGAGUGUUUCCGCAUCUUCGACAGGAACGCGGACGGCUACAUCGACGCCGAGGAGCUGGCGGAGAUUUUCCGGGCCUCCGGGGAGCACGUGACAGACGAGGAGCUCGAAUCCCUGAUGAAGGACGGGGACAAGAACAACGACGGCCGCAUUGACUUCGACGAGUUCCUGAAGAUGAUGGAGGGCGUGCAGUAA